GAUAUUUAAAUGACGUGUUCAUAAAAUCAGCCGGUUGUUUGCUGAUGUGGCACUCUGAGCCCCGCCCCCUGCUGCCUUUACGUACUACCGGGAAACAGCUUUCUUCUUCCGGCACACGUAAACAUGGCGCCCCCCGUCCCGCUGUUGGCAGUGCGUGGCUCAGGUGGUACGUCUCUGCUCUGUGGUCCUCCCUCCUGUGAGCAGUACGCCACCUUCCACAGUGACUCUCGGGUCAGCAGGUGUGUCACCUUCAGCAGAGAUGGGACUUUGUUCAGCUGGUGCAACGGACACAAUGUCUCUGUGGUCAGGUGUUCAGAUGGUUCCGUGGUGUCGUCCUUUGAUCUUCCUAAGACGUCUCUGUUGGACUUCUCUCCUCUUGGCAGCAUCCUGGUUACCUGGCAACCGUACAGCAAGACUCAGGACAGUCCUCAGGGAGAAGCUAACCUGCAGCUGUGGAACAUUCAGAGCGGUCAGCUGAUCAAAGCUUUGUAUCAGAAGAAGGUUGACUCCUGGUGUCCUAGCUGGUCUGAAGACGAGAGUAUCUGCGUGAGGAGCGUCAACAACGAGCUUCACUUCUACGAGAACAACGACUUCAACUCCAUUGCUAACAAGCUCCACAUGCAGAAGGUGUCCGACUUUGAGGUGUCACCUGGAGGUCAGCCCAGCAAGGUAGCAGUCUACGUCCCGGGUAGUAAAGGGGCGCCUUCGUUUGUGCGUCUGUACCAGUACCCGGUGCUUGGGGGGCCGACCGCCGCCCUCGCCAACAAGAGCUUCUUCAAGGCGGACCGAGUCAGCAUGCAGUGGAACCGCAAAGCCACGGCGGUUCUGGUGACGGCGAGCACCGAGGUGGAUAAAACUGGAGCAUCAUACUACGGCGAGCAGACGCUGCAUUACCUCGGAGUCAACGGGGAGACGGCGCUCGUUCAACUGCAGAAGAACGGUCCGAUCUAUGACGUGGCGUGGAGUCCGGGCGCCGCAGAGUUCUGCGUGGUGUACGGCUUCAUGCCGGCGAAGGCGACCGUCUUCAACCUGAAGUGUGACCCCGUGUUCGACUUUGGGACUGGACCCCGAAACGCCGCCUACUACAGUCCUCAGGGUCACAUCCUGGUCCUGGCCGGCUUCGGGAACCUGCGGGGUCAGAUGGAGGUCUGGGAUGUAAAGAAAUACAAACAGGUGUCCAAACCUCAGGCUCCAGACGCCACACAUUUCUCCUGGUGUCCUGAUGGCGAGCAUGUUGUCACUGCGACGUGUUCCCCUCGUCUCCGGGUCAGUAACGGUUUUAAGAUCUGGCACUACACGGGCUCCGUGCUGCACCAAUGGAACGUGGAGGCGGGUUCAGAGCUGUGGGAGGUCCGCUGGCAGUCCUUCCCUGAUGGCAGCUUCCCCGAGCGACCCGUCAAGUACCAGGCGGCCCCCAGCCAGCUGGGAACCACACAGGCCCCGCCCACACAGGCGUACCGCCCACCUGCACUCAGACACCUGCCGGCCACGCCCAGUUCCAAACUGCAUGAGGAGGAGCCUCCUCAGAACAUGCGUGCUCCGGUGGGAGGAGACAAAGUUCUGUCUAAGUCGGCGCUGAAGAACCAGAAGAAACGAGAAGCGAAGAAAGCAGCCAAACAGGAGACCAAGUCUGAACCUGAACCUCCGUCUGACCCCGCCCCCAUCAGCAACAGCCAAUCAGAGGCGAGCAGUGGAGAUCCCGAGACUGACAAAAAGAUCAAGAACUUGAAGAAGAAACUUAAAGCCAUCGAGGAGCUGAAGGAGCAGCAGGCGACAGGUAAAGUCCUGCAGAAGAACCAGCUGGAGAAGCUGCAGAAGGAGGAGCAGCUGCUGAAGGAGAUGGAGGAGCUGCAGAUCACACAGUAGAGGGUGCCGCAGGAGCUACAGGCCACGCCCCUAAUCCACCACACACACACACACACACACACACACACAGACACACACAGGAGGAAAGGUCAGAGGGGGCAGGGUUUAAGAGGUGUAGGAGAAAGUCAGUGUGUGUGCUUGUGUCGCUCGUGUGUGAGUUGCUAUGCAACAUCUGUACAGAUGCUUUGACAGUGUUCCUUUCAAAAUAAAAGCCUCAUCUCCUCAGUUGUAUUAGUUUGAAUUAAACUUUAAUAAACUUCAUGUGACGUUCAUGAA